GUUAAGGCUUAUUAUCUUUUGUGCUAUUCUAGCAAAACCUUCACGAUACUGGUCUGAUCUUUUAUAACCAGAAACACGUCUGAUCUUCUCCUAAGCGGGACAUUAUAUCUUCCUGUUAUGAAAUUUUGAUAUACGAAUCCGUCACCGGGUAUGUUACCCCCAAUACUAUAUAUGACCCCUGGAAUUGGAUGUAGUUCUAAUAAAUUCACUAGAUUUGCAUCCACUAGGUCUCCUACAUAAUACAGGGUAUCAAAAUAUUCUGCUGGGGUUAGAAACGCACUGGGCUGGCUAUUGAGAAUAAGGGUAAAAAAUUUCGCGAAAUGUUCAUUUGUCAAGAGGUCGGGGGAUAACUUCAGUGAAGUGUGGUUCUGGUUGUUGUCUUGUUGAGAAGAGGUUUCACUCUUUUGCUAAGAAAGUCGUGCAAUUCAUUUGUUGCUCAAUUAAUGAUUGAAGCCAUGUGGAUCAAGGACAUUAAAUGUAGAUCCAUACAGAAUAUUGCUUUGUUUAAAAGAUAGGCUUCCCUUACUGACCCUUCAUCAUGCUGAUUUUCUCUUAAGUCAUCAUCUUCUUCUUCUGUCAAAUCAAAUGCUUCUUCCCCAUCUAUGGAAAUGAUCUGAAGCUUGUAUAUUUGAGCACUGCAUUUAUGACCCGGAUAGUACCCUUCAUCACAGUAAAAACAUAGGUUUUUCCUUCUUCUUUCUUCAAUAUCUCUAGCAGACAAGUUCCUUCUUACCUGAUUAUGUACUCCUUUUUUCUCUCCCACCUGAGUAAUGGAUUAAUGGGUUUUGGCAGUAGUCCUUUGACAUUCUGAGAGACAACAGAUCUAUAUGGAGGUAAUGUAGGUUUUUCAAUAUUUCUGUAAACCGGUUUAUCCCCCUCUCCUCUUCCCCAUUUCUUCAAGGCAUCCAAGCUAUUUUCUUGCAACCGGGCAUAUUCCAUGGCCUGCAUCAAGGUUCUUGGUUUGAAUGCUUUCACAAAGGACUUAAUAGUAGGAUUAAGUCCUCCAAUGAAGCUAUCCAAAAAAAAUUCUUCAGGUAGCCUUUCAGUUCGCUGCAGUAAUAAACUUCUCAGUUGUUCAAAUUGGUCCAUGUAUUCGUCCAAUGAUCUGAACUGUUGAAGUUUAUUGAAUUCUUUAGUUACUGUACUCCCCAAUUCUUCAUUAAACCGUGCACAAAUAUCCACCACAAAUUGUUCCCAUGAAACCUUCUUAUGCACGUAAAUAUAGCUAGUAAACCAAGAUUCAGCACGUCCAGACAAAUAUAAGGAUGCUAAGUCUACCUUCUGGUUGUUACCAAUAGAACAAAGCUCAAAAUAUUUUGCACAUUUUUGAAUCCAUUGACGGGGAUUAAUUCCAGAGAAGUUGGGAAAUUCAAUCUUGGAUUACCUGAAGUUGGGAGUUCUAGCAUGAUUACCUGAAUUUGGUUGAAAAUUUCCGUCGCCAGGGUUUGAAAAGUGCACAGUGAAACUGGAGAUCGUAUGGAUGAAUCUUCGAUUCAGAGAAGCUCUGAUACCAAUUGUAAUGAUCUAGGCUGAAUAAGCGAAAAUCAUUAAAAGCAAAUAGGAAUUCUAAUAGUAAGAAUAGAAUUCGAAUUAGGAUAUUCACAGACUUAGCAAGAUGAAGAAGAAGAUUGAUAUCAAAUAUUUCAGUCAUAUUACAACCCAUGCGUAUGAUUUUAGGAGGGGUUCGGGUGCUGCUAUUUUUGACUGGGAAGAAGAUAUUUUGGGGCGAGUUGGUCAAGAGAAGAACAGAGCAGGGAGAUGCGGUUGUCUGAGAAACAAAGCAUCAAUUGAGGAGUUGAAGAUUUUAGAUUUACAUAUGCACAGUGAACUACAAAGCAUGAAGAUGAUCAAUCAGAAUGAAGCAAAAGAAAAGCAUUUUUGGAAGAAAAUGUGUGUUGUGCUUUUAAUUUUAUUUGUUGGUACUGUUAUGAUAAAAAAAUGUAAUUGGUAGAGAGAUUAGUUCAUAGACUAGUUUGUGGUCUAUGAAAUUAUGUUGAAUUAUGGUAAUGAACGGGGUGUAUGUUGCUGCUGGUUGUUAUUGAUAAUGUUGCUGGUUUUUUGUUUGUCAUAUUUGUCCAUUUUGUUUAUCAAAAUGUUGUUGCUACUACUGA